UGCAUUGCGUAGCAGAGGUAGUUGUAACAUGUGACGAGAAGCUAAAGUUAGUAGGCUAACCUUACAUUGAGAAGCAUGGAGAGCAUUGCACUGGUUGUGGUCUGUCUGCUACCUUUUUCAUCUAGUUUGGAACUUCAUGGACUGUUUGGUAGCUUUACAUCUCCGAAUUUUCCCAACGUCUAUCCCAAUAACAAACAUGUAACAUGGAAUAUCACAGCCCCAACUGGGCACAGACUUAGGCUCUACUUUGCUCACUUCAGCCUGGAGUCUUCCCUACACUGUGAAUAUGACUACUUACAGCUGUUUUCCGAGGGAAAUGAGACGGUUCGGUUUUGCGGUGAGGAGCAGAAAGAUUAUGACCAUACGCCGAAGAAUACCAUCUUUUACUCUACCACCAACACCAUGUCUGUGAUCUUCAGAUCAGAUUACUCCAACGAAGGCAGAUUCACAGGCUUUCAGGCUUUUUACUCAGCAGAAGACAUAGAUGAGUGCCUAAGUACUGUGGAUGGAGAGCCUUUGUGUGACCAUUACUGCCACAAUUACAUUGGGGGCUAUUACUGCACUUGCAGGUUGGGAUACCAGCUCCAUGCUAACAAAAGAGACUGCACUGUGCAUUGUGGCGGUCAGCUGCUGACAGGAAGGUCAGGAGAGCUGACCAGUCCGGAGUACCCAGGUGCGUAUCCUAGGAGCAGCGAAUGUGAUUACAUGAUCCACUUGCUGGAGGGUUUCCAGGUGGCCUUGGACUUCCAGGAACCAUUUGACGUGGAAACUCAUCCCGAGAUUCCUUGCCCUUAUGACAUCCUUAAGAUCACAGCAGGUUUGAGAGAGUACGGCCCAUUCUGUGGGACGACCCCACCCGCCAAGAUCGAAACAGGAACCCACAAGGUGCAUGUCACCUUUCGGACUGACGGAUCAGGGAAAAACAAGGGCUGGAAGAUAAAGUACACUAGUACAGCCAAGCCUUGUCCAAACCCCGUGGCUCCUCCACAUGGACACAUACACCCCCAGCAGUCUGUCUUCAUCCUCACAGAUACCUUCAACGUCACCUGUGACCUGGGUUAUAUGAUAAAUCUGGGAGAGGAACUUUUGUCCUCCUAUCAAGCAACUUGUCUGAAAGAUGGGUUCUGGGACGGUCCAAUGCCUGUCUGUACUAUUGUUGAUUGUGGAAGUCCUGAUGAAAUCUACAAUGGCAGUGUAACUUUCUCCUCCACCAUAUACAAGUCAGUCAUUCAGUACUCCUGCAAUGCUCCUUUCUAUGUCAUGAACGGCAACAGGACUGGAAUCUAUACCUGUGCACAUGAUGGUUACUGGAGAGACGCUCUGGGCCGGAGACUGCUACCAGAAUGUGUACCAACCUGUGGCAAACCUCAGUCUGGUAAACUGUCUCGAGUCAUUGGAGGGGAGAGGGUGGAAAAGAAGGAGAUCCCCUGGCAGGUGAUGGUGCUAAUGGGUGGCCGAUUCAAAGGUGGUGCUGCUCUCAUCAGCGACGACUGGGUCCUAACUGCCGCCCACGUUCUGCAGGGCCACGGGGAUGUCUCCAACCUUCAGCUCAGAAUGGGACUGGUUAAAAUGAAGGAACAAGGUGCUGUGGUAGGCCUGCCUGAAAAAGUCUUCCUCCAUCCUGAGUACCACCAUGACGGAGUUAACUUCAACCACGACAUCGCUUUGAUCAAACUAGAACGUAAGGUGCCUGUGAAUGCAGCAGUCAUGCCGGUGUGUCUGCCUGGCAGAGAGGAGAGGUUCCAGCUGAGGGCCGAUGAUCUGGGUAGGGUAUCUGGAUGGGGAGUGUGGAAGGAGACUGUCCGGAGGACUUCUCCUCAUCUCCGGUAUGCAGAGAUACCUGUCGUUGAUUUUGGAGUCUGUAAGACCAAGUAUGACUCCAUAGACACAGAUAAGGUAAAGCUGACUGUGACGGAGAACAUGAUCUGUGCUGGAGUUCCAGAAGGGGGUGUAGAUUCCUGCGAGGGGGACAGCGGAGGACCCUUUGUGUUUUAUGACAACACAAACCAUCAUUGGUUCAUUGGAGGCAUUGUCUCCUGGGGUUACCAGUGUGCCAAAGCAGGACAUUACGGAGUUUACACCAAAGUGAGCAAUUAUCUGCCCUGGAUUGAAGAAACAAUGGCAACAAACCGUUAAUGUUUUGCAAAUAUAAUUUUGUUUAAUACUUUUGUGGCUAGACUGACCUUUAAUGGGUUUGUGUUCAGACGGUCGUGCCCUUGUUUCUUUCAUUUACUUUAAAACAUUCAGAACACGUGAAUACAUGUUAUGAGACAAGCGAAGUGAGUUAUAACCACCAUCAGUAUUUAGAAACAAUCAUUCCUGUGGAGAGCUUUAGCAUAACCAAGAGCCACUUGUUGCAUUCGUAAUGUGCUUUUGAAAACAUUGGAAUUAAUGCAGAGGUAUUGUUUAAAAGUCAAAUGAGCUACCUCUCAGACUCACGGCCAAAGCAUCAUACUUUACAAUCAUUUAGCCCUCAUGAAUAAUGCAUCUGAACUAACACUGUUUGAGUCGCCUUCUAUCAACACAGCCUAUAAAGGUUUUCUCGGUUUCGCUGUAAUUGCCUCUCCAGUGUCAUUUUGGUCUUGUAUAGGGGCGCUAUUGUUUUCAUAAAUACUUCUCACUACAUCUAGUGCCUUGGCAUAAGAACUAUAAUGCCAUGCAGACUAAUCGAGGUACAAGACCUCUGCAGCUUAACUGUGCCCUACAGAGACGAAUAAAAACUACAUAAAAAAAAGAAUUGCUGGAAAGAUGAUGGAUUGUUGUUAGAACGUUGGAUUGUUGUUAGAAUUAUAGUUUGUCAGGUGUAUUGUACCAUAAAGUAAGGCAAAUUGUCUUCUUCAGUUCCUGGCGUAUACUCUACAUAUUAAAUCAGGAUUAUGAAUAUGAAAAUGAUUGGAUUUAUUUGUAAAACAUGUAACUUUUUAAAAUUUCAAAUUAAAACUGAAAGCAUUUUUCAAAAG